AUGAGAUGUGACUUGAGGAGAGGUCUCAAAUGGCGCUUAUCAGCAUGGAAGAGUAGUGAUGACUCCUGUCAUGGAGAUUUUACUUAUGGGAUUGAGCUUGUCAAAUUUGUGUACAGACACUUAUAUGCUGAAGAAGUUUACUACAUAUACGGAGACCCGAGAUUCUUCCUCUGGUUUGGUGAUCUGUAUGAUAUUCGAACGGCUUUUGCUGUGGUUAACACCAUUAGACCAUCAGAAUUUAUGAGAGAUAACAACACAGCUUUAUUGGUAUCCAAAGAAGGAAAGUUUGAAUUGGGAUUCUUUACUCCAACAGAUAGUUCAUCAAACAAUCGUUAUUUGGGAAUUUGGUAUAAGAACAUUGCAGUUCAAACUGUUGUUUGGGUUGCAAAUCGAUGUGAACCAAUCAUUGAUUCAUCUGCCUUGUUGACUAUAGACAACACAGGAAAUCUUGUGCUUUUUUCAGGCAAGAACAAUAAGAGUGUGCUCAUUUGGUCUACAAACUCCUUGAAACAAACCCGGGAACCACUUAUUCAGCUCUUGAAUAAUGGUAACUUGGUUUUGAGAGAUGAGAAAGAUGCAAACACAACAAAAUUUUUAUGGGAAAGCUUUGAUUAUCCUACUGAUACAAUGUUACCAGGAAUGAAAUUGGGAUGGGACUUGAAGAGAGGUCUAAAUAGGCGAUUAUCGUCGUGGAAGAGCUCUGAUGAUCCUUGUCAUGGAGAUUUCACUUAUGGAAUUGAGCUUGAUGAACCACACCAUGAUGGCCUUUACAACUUUGUCAACAAUGAUGAUGAAGUUUACUACAGUUUCAGCCUCCUUAAUGGAUCAAAUAUUGUAAGACUUGUCCUAACCGAAACAGUUGAAUACACCGAAUGGUUAGAAGAAGAAAACAGUUGGAGUUCCUCUUAUUACACAAUUCCAGGAGACAAAUGUGACAAGUAUGGCAUCUGUGGAGCUAACUCAGAAUGUAUCAUAACAAAUAAUCAAGUAUGCAAAUGUUUAGAAGGUUUCAAGCCGAAAAAUCAAGAAAAUUGGAACUCAAUGAUGUCUUGGUCAGAAGGGUGUGUGAGAAACAGUUCUGUGAGCUGUGAUACAAAAGAGAAAGAUGUGUUGCUUGGCUUUUCGGGCUUGAAAGUGCCUGAUAGUCAGUAUAUUUAG